GCAGUCUAGUAUAGGACUUUGAAAAAUGAAGGUAACAUUGUGGCUGGUGGGAGUAUUGGCUCUGGCAGGAUUAGCCAGAGGAUAUUAUUUGAAACAAGCGGAGGGUGUGACGGAAAAUAUUCCGAUUUUCAUUAAAACCCUAAAGGAAUUACAUAGAGGCCCACCCAAAUUGGCUGUGCCCAGAGCCAAUGUGAAAACCGAAUGGAUUACCCAAAAAUUGGAUCCUUUCGACAGCAAGGAAGAACGAACAUGGCAAAUGCGUUACAUGGUAAACGAUGAGUAUUUCAAACCAGGCGGUCCCAUGUUCAUUUAUGUUGGCGGUGAAUGGGACAUUGAUCCGAGUGGCAUUAGUGGUGGUAUUUUUGUGGAUUUGGCCAAGGAACAUAAUGGCAUACUUUUCUAUACCGAACAUCGUUAUUAUGGUGAAAGUAAACCAACAAAAGAUUUGCAAUUGGAAAACAUGAAGUACUUGCAUGUCAAACAGGCCCUGGCUGAUCUGGCCCAUUUCAUUGAGUACAAGCGUGAAACCGUAUCGGAAUUGGCCAACUCCAAAGUCAUAAUGGCGGGAGGCUCAUAUUCCGCCUCCAUGGUUGUUUGGUUCAAGAAACUCUAUCCUCAUCUUUUGAAUGGUGGUUGGGCUUCGAGUGCUCCCCUCUUGGCCAAGGUGGAUUUCACCGAAUACAUGGAAGUUGUCGGCAAGGCAAUGCGUGUUUUGGGCAGCCAACAGUGUUAUGAUCGCAUACAGAAUGGUAUUGCCGAAUUGGAAGUCAUGAUCAGGGGUAAAAAAUCGGCCCAGGUUAAGGCUAUGCUGAAACUAUGUAAUAAUUUCAAUACAAAUAACGAUUUGGACAUAUGGACAAUGUUUAGUAGUUUUGCGUAUAUUUUUGCCGGUGUGGUGCAAUAUCAGAGAGGUGAUGAUGUUCCUGCCUACUGUGAUUAUUUAAUGAGUUUUAAGGAUGAUGUCACGGCCUUAUCGAAUUUAUGGGUGUGGUAUUAUGGUUACUAUGGAGGAUGUGUUGAUGCCACAUACAAUGGUACUUUGGCUUAUUACUUGGAUACCUCGUACUAUUAUGAAUGGGCCCGUCCCUGGUACUAUCAAACCUGCAACGAAUAUGGCUGGUAUCAGACAUCCGGAUCGAAGAAUCAACCAUUUGGUAGCAGUUUUCCGGUGGCCCUCUCCACCGAAUUGUGUCGCGAUGCUUACGAUGCAAGUUAUACCGAUUCGAAGAUACAAGAACUAAUCAAUGGGACCAAUGAAUUCUUUGGUGGCAUGAAACCGGAUGUGGAAAAUAUUUACAUGACCCAUGGCGAAUUGGAUCCAUGGAAUCCCAUGGGACAUGGUGUAGCUGAGGGUGCAACCAUUAUACCCAACGCUUCGCAUUGUAAUGAUUUCGGUUCCAUUAGUUCGUCGGAUAGUGUAGAGAUGCGUCAGUCCAAGGAAAGUUUGACAGAAUUGGUGCGUGAAUGGUUGAGAGAUUAAAGUGUGUGUGAAAGA